AUGGUCCGCCGCGCCCUAAGCCACCGCAGAGGCAGCAAUCUAAAGCUCGAGGUCGACACCGCCAGCACAGCCGCCUUGACACCAACCUACGUCAGCAUCCCCGUCGUCGUGCGCACCGGCACCGCCCGCCGCGAGUCGCUACCCCUUUCGCGCCACCAUCUCAUGCGUCGGUCCAGCAGCGUCAGCAGUCGGAGUACCGCGUCGUCGUCGAGCUUUGCGGGGAGUAGUAGUAGUAGUAAUAGGGGGGCGGAUUUGUAUGAUGGGGGGUCGGUGAUUGUGGAUGAUAUUGAUGAGGAGUUGGAGGGGGAGCCUGCGUUUUGUUGGUUCAUUAUGGGUUUGAACUACGCCGUCCACGGCCUCGAGCCCAAUAUCGGCUAUAACCACGCCUGA